GCAAGGCUGUGUGUGAGCGUCUCUCAUCUCAUGUUCUGUGUCUCCUCAGGGCGUAUCCUGGACCUGAAGACAGGAACAGUGAAGAAAGAGGGGCAACAGUCGUCUAUGAGGAUGUGCAUGGGCUCCAGACGAUCCUUCAUCUGCAGAAUGAGAUGUGGCAGCACCCCACUGGACCACAUCUCUCUCAACCGACUGUCCAACAUGAGGAAGAGAUACAGGAACGGUCUGGGACCCUCGAAGGAGGGAGAGGAUCAGUACUCUGUGGUGCACUGUACCGGCUACAUCAAAGCAUGGCCCCCAGCAGGUAUGACCAUACCAGAAGAAGACACAGAGGCAGGACAGACCAGUAAAUACUGCCUUGUAGCCAUCGGAAGACUGCAGGUGACCAGCUCUCCCGUUUCCAUGGAUAUGAACGGCCUGACGGUUCCCACGGAGUUCCUGUCGCGCCACAACUCCGACGGCAUCAUCACUUUCGUGGACCCGCGGUGCAUCAACGUGAUUGGAUACCAGCCUCAGGAUCUGCUGGGGAAAGACAUCCUGGAGUUCUGUCACCCAGAGGACCAGAGUCACCUGAGAGAGAGCUUUCAACAGGUGGUAAAGUUGAAAGGCCAGGUGCUGUCUGUAAUGUACAGGUUUCGUAUGAAGAACAGAGAGUGGAUGUUAAUCCGCACCAGCUCCUUCACCUUCCAGAACCCCUACUCCGAUGAGAUCGAGUACAUCAUCUGUACCAACACCAACGUCAAGCAGCUCCAACAGCAGCAGCAGGCAGAGCUGGAGGUCCAUCAGAGAGACGGCCUGACAGCCUACGACCUAUCACAGGUGCCCGUUCCCAGUGUGGGAGGAGGGGUUCACGAGGCGGGAAAGAACACUGACAAGACGGACACCAUGUUCUCACAGGAGAGAGACCCACGCUUUGCUGACAUGUACUCCGGCAUCUCUGGCUCUGGUGAGAAGAAGAUGAUGGUUCCUUCGUCUACAGCGGGAGGUCAGCAGCUCUACUCCCAGAACUCUCCCUUCCAGCCCGGACACUCUGCCAAGAGCUUCAGCUCCUCAGUGAUCCAUGUCCCAGGGGUGAACGAUAUCCAGCCGUCGGGAUCGUCCAAUCAGAACCUAGCUCAGAUCUCCAGACAGCUCAACCCAGGACAGGUGGCCUGGACUGGCAACAGACCCCCGUUCUCUGGCCAGUCCACUAAGGCCCAGUCCAGUCCGUUUGGGAUAGGCUCCGGCCACAGUUACCAAGGAGACCCAUCUUCCUAUAGCCCCCUGUCCUCCCCUGCCACCUCAUCGCCCAGCGGCAAUGCCUACUCUGGACUGGCCAACCGGAGCACGGCAUUCGAUGUGUCAGGAGAGGGCAGUCAGAGUGGGGGUCAGUUUCAGGGUCGGCCCAGUGAGGUCUGGUCCCAAUGGCAGAACCAGCACCAUGGCCAACAGGGAGAGAGAAGGACACACCCUAACCCCUCCCAGACAGAGGUGUUCCAGGACAUGUUGCCGAUGGCAGGAGACCCAACACAAGGAACAGCCAACUACAACAUUGAAGACUUUGCUGAUCUGGGCAUGUUCCCUCCCUUCUCUGAGUAGAACCCUUUAACGUUCUAUCAAUGGAACACUGCUCUGUUCUUCCACUAGAACCCUCUGAUAGAGGAAAAGGAAUCGAACACAAUGUGCUGGUUCCUUCAUGGCUCCCCAACCUCACACACACACUUUAUCACACAGUGAAUGUCCAGAUGCACCCUCUCAUAAACACACACACACUUUAUCACACAGUGAAUGUCCAGAUGCACCCUCUCAUAAACACACACACACUCUGACACAUACCUGUUUCCUUUACGAGAAGAGAGUUGGUUCUAUAGAAGACUGGUACAUUGCUAGUGGUGUACUGACCUUUUCCUUUGUAAUAAUGUCUUCUUCAUUCACUUAAAUGAUGCCUGUUCUUUUAACAAAGGCUUGUGAAUUUAAAGGUGCAAUCUGUAACUUUCAUUUCCCCUAGUGGCAUCUUGAGGUACUACAAAAUAUGCCAAGAAGCAGUAAAAAAAAUACAAAGCCUAGAAAAUUCACCAGUGCAGACCAUUGCAGAGGCAGGCAGCACUUUGGGGGGGGAACAAAAAUGACAGAUUGCACCUUUUAAGCUGCCAAUAUCCACUUUACACUCCACUCUGCCAAAAUGCUCCAGGCUAAGAGACACUCACCACGCUGAUCAGUUGGUACCAUCGAUACAUAUUAUCAUACAGUAUGUCACUGCUGCUCCUCCCUCAGUAUUACAUUAAGCUUUAUGCUGUAAAUUAUACCUAUAUGUAGUGAUGUUCAUAACACCUAGAUAAAACCUACGGAAGUCUAGAAGGAUUCUGUGUAGAAAAAAAUACAAAUAAAGAUUCCACUCACCGGCAAAAGUCGCUAAGCUACAAUGCUUAAGUGCACUUCAUCGAAGCUAACCGCUAAAACUUACCAGCUUGCUAAAAAGGGAAAAGCGCCAUACCGCCAAAGCAACGCAGUACAGUAUAUAUACUAGUUUAGUGUAUCCUUGUGGCUCUCGCUGCUCUACUUUAUAACUUUAUUAUAUUAUUCUCUUUCCUGAUUAUUAACAGAGACUGAAUUCUACUUUAUAGCGAGGGAACUUUUACAUGAUAGAUUGUGUACCGUGUCUCUGGUUAAUGACUGAUGGGACAGAUUCUACAACUGGAAUCCUUUUGCUAAAAAAAAAUCUAAAAAUGUAUGUUUUUGUAAAUAAUGUGAUUUUUAUGUUGACUCGUUACUUUUACACAGUAUACGUUGUUUUUUGUGUAGGUUUAUGUAGGUGUCAUCAAUGUGUGCAAUGUGAGUACAUAUUUAACUAUCGGUAUUUAGUUUAGUCCUAAUUGUACAUUGAGUUUAAGGAACCUGUAUAAAAGUGUGUAAAUGUUACCCAUUAUUUUUGUUUAACACAUUUUUGUGCUUGUGAAAAUAAAUGUUUAUUGGUUACGUGGCUUCUAAUCAAA